GACGUACUAGUGAAAGGUAAGAAGCAAUAAGUUGUUUGUUGAUCAUAGAUGGCAUACCUGAAAUCAAGAUGGAAAAAUGGGAUUAUUAGUAAUUUGUGUAUGGUUGUGGUGUGCAUCAUGGGUUGUGUGGAGUCCAACGAUGAUGAAGCUGCAUACAUGUUGAAGCUUAUGAAUGCACUCAAACCCCCUGGCUGGUCCAACACCACCCACACGUGCCUGUGGAUUGGCGUGACUUGCAACGAUCAAAGUGGAAGGAUUGAAGGGAUCCAUCUCUAUUCAAAGUCGCUGACGGGAACAGUUCCUGCAGGCCUCAACGAUUCCCUCUCCCAACUCACAUUCCUCGAUCUCUCCAACAAUAAUCUGAGUGGGCCUGUUCCCUCUCUCGCCAACCUCUCUUUCCUCCAAGUAGCGGACCUCGACAACAACAACUUCACAACCAUCCCUCAUGGUUGCUUCCAUGGUCUUACUACUUUGCAGUCCUUGAGCUUGAGUGGCAAUACCAACCUCGCACCAUGGAACUUUCCUACCGAUUUGACUGCUCACUCCUCACAACUCCAAUACCUCUUUCUCUCUUCUACAAAUCUCAUGGGCUCCUUACCACCAAACAUAUCCCAUUCCUUCCCAGUUAUGGAGAUUCUUUAUCUCUCUAACAACAACCUCUCCUCCAUCCCUGAGGAUUGCUUCCACAACCUAACCAGCUUGAAUGUGCUCAAUUUGGCCAACAACACCAACCUCCCACCAUGGACCUUCCCCCUCGAUUUGACUCAUUCCUCAUUCAAACUCUCCUACCUCAUACUCCAGGCUACAAAUCUCAUGGGAUCCCUACCAAACUUAUCUCAUAUUUUCCCCAACUUGAAAAGCGUUAUUCUCUCCAACAACAACCUUACCUCCAUCCCCCAAGGUUGCUUCCAGGGUCUACCUUCUUUGACGUGGCUGUGGUUGGAAAACAACACUAACCUUGCACCAUGGACCUUCCCCGACAUGAUUCAGUCCACAGAACUGAAAGAGCUCAAACUUGCUGCAACAAAUGUCAUGGGCCCUCUACCAGAAAUAUUUGACUCCUUGACAAGUUUGGAGACUGUUCUUCUUUCCAACAACAACCUCAGCGGUGUCUUGCCAGAGUCUUUCGGAGGGACCAAGAUUGCCACCUUGCAUCUCAAAAACCAGAAGGGUAACGGGUUUUCGGGUCCGAUUGAUGUCCUCUCAAACAUGCUCGACUUAUCUCAAGUCUGGCUCCAGGGAAACUCGUUUACAGGACCUAUUCCUAACAUGUCUCGUUGCACCUCCUUACAAGAUUUACAACUUGCCCACAAUCAAUUAACAGGUGUGGUCCCAGAUUCUCUCAUCGCUCUUCCAAACUUGGAAUAUCUUUAUUUGGGCUAUAACUUUUUGCAAGGUCCUCUACCAAAUCUUACCUUCAGUGGUUUUGAUAGUAUGGAGAAUCUUGGUGUUAACACCACAAAUGGCUUCUGUCACAAAGAUCCAGGACCUUGUGAUCACAAAGUGGCCAUUUUGCUUCAAAUUGCGGCGGAAUUGAAGUAUCCAAUUUUGUUGGCACGUACAUGGAGAGGAAAUAAUGCCUGUAAAAAUUGGAGUUUCAUUACAUGUGAUGACAGAAAUAAGAUCAGAAUGGUGAAUUUAUCAAAUCUAAAAUUGACGGGCACAAUCUCACCUGCAUUCACCAAUUUAACAGAUUUGCGGGAAUUGUAUUUGGAUGGGAAUAAUUUGACGGGUGAAAUACCUGAGGGAUUGACAACAUUGCCUGAACUUGAAGUUGUGAAUGUUUCUAACAACCACCUUGCUGGAAAUAUUCCCAAAUUCUCAGCAAAGGUCAACUUUAUUGCCACAGACAAUGAUUUUCCUAAUGCUUCCAACAAUAGAAUCUCAACUCCUUUGAUUACAGUUAUGUCGAUAACUAGUGCUGGAGUUAUUAUAAUACUUGUUUUGGUUAUUUAUAACCGCAAGAGGUGCCUUCAUUUAAUCCAUCGAGUUAUCUUCAAGACAACAUACAAUGACCACAACAUCGAGGAUUUUAUAAAAGGUUAUGAAUUUUUGGCACCAAAGCGAUCUAGUUAUUCCGAAGUGAAAAGAAUGACAAAUUCAUUUCGUGAUAAACUAGGACAAGGUGGAUAUGGCACUGUAUACAAAGCAAGUUUAACCGAUGGUCGUCAAGUUGCGGUAAAGAUAUUAAGUGAAUCUAAGGGAAGCGGAGAAGAAUUCAUAAAUGAAGUUGCUAGUAUUAGUAGGACAUCUCAUGUGAAUAUUGUCUCACUUUUAGGAUUUUGCUAUGAUCAAGGCAAAAGAGCACUCAUUUAUGAAUUCAUGCCUAAUGGUUCUCUGGAUAAAUACAUCUACAAAGCAAAAUCUUCCGAAGCUUUUUGUAGUUUGGAUUGGAGCGUUUUGUAUAACAUUGCAAUUGGCAUUGCUCAAGGGUUAGAAUACUUGCAUCAAGGAUGCACAACAAAAAUUUUGCAUCUUGAUAUAAAACCUGAAAACAUUCUUCUAGAUAAACAUUUUUGUCCAAAAAUCUCAGAUUUCGGAUUAGCUCGAAUAUGUCAAAAGAAAGAGAGUAAUGUAUCUAUUUUAGGCACAAGAGGAACUCCGGGUUACAUUGCACCAGAAAUCUUUAGUCGAGCAUAUGGUAGAAUUUCUGAUAAAUCUGAUGUAUAUAGUUAUGGUAUGUUGAUUCUUGAGAUGUUCGGAAAAAGAAAAAACUUCAACAAUAAAGAAUCACAUCGCAGUGAAAUGUAUUUUCCUGAUUGGAUAUAUGAAGAUCUUGAUCAAGGUAAUAAUAUUCUUGGUAGACACUCCGAUAUUUCAAAUGAAGAUAAUGAUAUGAUAAAGAAGAUUAUAUUAGUAAGUUUGUGGUGUAUUCAACCAAAUCCAGCACAUAGGCCAUCAAUGAGUAAAGUUGUGGAAAUGCUGCAUGGAGAACUUGAGUCCGUGCCAUUUCCUCCAAAGCCUGUGUUGUAUUCUCCUGAAAGGUCUCAGUUAGAAAUUUUAGAUACAUCUUCUAGUAGCAAGCAUGAGACAAUUUUAACAACUACAGAGGAGAGUAGUUCAAUACAUGAGAUCAAUAAAAAUGUCUGAUCUCAUGUUAAUAUGAUUGUAAAAUAUCUUGUACUUUUUGUAUUUGAG